CGGGUUUAUAUUGGGCAGGGAGUGUGGCCUGUCACUGCCUUGGCAAAACUCCCGCUGGAAUACAUUCCUCCUUAUUCUAGAAAACUGCUGUGAUUGAGAGCUUCUGAAAGAAAGGAUAAAGAAAAACCAAAGUUUAGAGACCAUUUCCACUGCUUCCCUGGGUCUCCCAACCAUUUAUUAGCCCCUGUGGGGCAGUAUUAUUUUAGUUAGUUUAUAUAUAUAUAUAUAUUUUUUUUUUUAGUUUUUUUGGCUUGGGUGACUGUAUCAACAGAAAGACAGCAGUUUACUGGUUGUCUGAAGAAAUAAAGACAAGAUGUUCCAAGAGGUGCUUUCAAACAUCUUGAGGUUCUACGACUACCUUCUGAAAAGAACUGAUGCCAGAGUGCGGGAUUACCCCCUGAUGCAGAGUCCUAUUCAGAUGACAGUCAUCUUGCUGGGAUACGUGAUCUUCGUUUUAUAUGUGGGACCAAGAUGCAUGGCCAAUCGGAAACCUUUCCGCCUCAACACAACUAUGAUUGUCUAUAAUUUCUCAAUGGUGGCCUUCAACGCCUACAUUGUUUAUGAGUUCCUGAUGUCUGGCUGGGCAACAACGUACAGUUGGAGAUGUGACCUCUGUGACCCCUCCAGCAGUCCUCAAGCUCUCAGAAUGGUUCGGGUAGCCUGGUUGUUCUAUUUUUCCAAAUAUAUUGAACUUCUAGAUACAGUGUUUUUUGUGUUGAGAAAGAAGCACAGUCAGGUGACAUUCCUGCAUAUCAUUCAUCAUUCCAUCUUGCCCUGGACCUGGUGGUGGGGCGUCACUCUUACUCCUGCGGGUGGCAUGGGUUCUUUUCAUGCUAUGGUGAACGCGUGUGUCCAUGUCAUCAUGUACACCUACUACGGUCUGGCUGCUGCAGGGCCACGCUUCCAGAAAUAUCUGUGGUGGAAAAAGUACAUGACUGCUAUCCAACUGAUUCAGUUUGUGCUGGUGACUGUCCAUAUAUCUCAGUAUUACUUGAUGGAAAAGUGUGAAUACCAAGUUCCCAUCUUCAUUCAUCUCAUCUUGUUCUAUGGAACCUUUUUCUUCAUCCUCUUCUCCAACUUCUGGAUCCAGGCCUACAUAAAGGGAAAGCGACUACCUGUUUCCACCGAGGACAAACCCAAACAGAAUGGCAUUACCACUGUGAUUGAGCCAGUGGUAGUGGCCAAUGGCAAACACUUGGAAAAUGGCACUGUGCACUACACUAAUGGAUUUGCUCACAAUGGGAAAGUGAAGGAGAUCUAAAGAGGCCAAACAAAAGCAUCAGAGACAUUGUUGUUAAAUUAUUUUUGACAAAUUUACAUUUUUUAUGAUUGCAUGGGAGAUGAAAUGGCACACUGGAUCUGGCGGUGGGUCCCCCUUUCUUUGUAUUUAUGGAUGUUGGAGGCUGGGGAGCACUAAGCAUGAAGAGAAUUCGUCCACUGAGGUUGGCUUUGUUGACGUGGCUCUGAAACCUGACAGCAUUGUCUGUGGUUCAAUCCGCUUGACCUUGCCAUUUUUUCCUGGCAUAUGAGUCUCCCAGUUGUUUGCACACUGUACAGUUUUCACAGAUCUAGCUCACACUUGACUGUAAAUAAAUAUUUUCUCUGUUUAUUUGAAAUUUAGAAGUUGUCCAUUUUUUUUUUUUUCUUUUGUAACUUAUCAGUCAAUAAAUGCUUUUUAUAAUAAA